UCAAAAGAGGAGAAGAAAGUUGAACCUGCCCCACAUGUGGUGGACACCUCUGAUAAGAGAAGGCGGCGCAGAGAACAGCCAUCUGAACCAGUUGCUCCUGAGCCCGAAGCACCUGCUGCCGAUCAGGCAGCUUGUGAGCCUGCAAUUAAGGCCGAAGAACCAGAGCCAGAACCAGAGUCUCCCAUGAUACCGGAACCUGUAGCCACUCCCACCCUGGGAGUGAACACCAGGAGAUCAUCACAAGCCCUGGAAACAAUUGCAGAGAAACCUACUCCUAAAUCGGUGACACCAAAAUCCACAAGGCCACGUCCGAAAAGCCGCAUGUCACGUUAUCGAAGUGCUUCCGCUCAAAGGCUAAGGAGAAGGCAAGCUGUGGCACAGCAGGUGGAACUGGCACCCCCAGUGGCUGAGGAAGGAACUGCAAGUUCAGGAACCACAGAGACUGGUGCUUCAGAAGCUUUAGGAACGGGCGAUGCCCCGCAAGGGUCAGAAUCGCCCGCCGUUGCCCAGACAGUGACCCAGCCAACCCGUGCUAGCCUUAAAUACCACAAGACUAAAAAGUAUUUGGUAACAGAAUGGUUAAAUGACAAGGUGGAGAAACAGGACUGUCCUAUGGAUCAGCCGCUGCGGAUUACCACAGAUCCCACAGUGUUGGCAACCACCCUUAACAUGCUACCUGGACUGUCUCAUUCCCCUUCCAUCAACACACUUCCUAAACACUACAUACGCUUUGUUUCUCCUUACAUGCCUGAGAGGCGGAGGAGACCCCCAAAGGUGGAUGGCACUUAUGGAUCAUGUAAAAAGCGCUGGAUGAAACUAGCCUUGGAAGAGGCUGUGACACAACCAGCCAGCUCUGUACAGGAAAACUCCCAACCUUUAUACCAAAGUAAUGAGAGCAACUGCUCAUCCAACAAUGGAACCAAUACAGAAGUUACAGCCCCUUUAAAAAAGUGGAAGACUAAAUACAUCUUGGAAGAAAACUCUGCCAUGGUGUCAAGCCCAGUACCAUUUCCCCCUGCUCUUCCUAAUUCCACCACCACAGAUUCCCUCAGUCCACUGCAGACCACACCUAGCUCUUCCCUUCCCGGUGAAGAGGAAUCCCGAUAUGCAUAUGGACUCUUGUUCUCUCCCAUCCCAUCCCUCGCUGCUAGCCGCUGCAAUACUCCACUACAGUUUGAGCCUUGUCUUCGGCCUGAUGUUGACCUGGUGAAGCCCACUUUCUUGGAUGUAUCUGUGGAAAAUUGCCAAGAACUCCAAACUACUGUCACCACGGGCCUGUCCGAUAUUGCUGCUCAGUCGCCCAACGCGUCUCUGCCGUACAGCGGCUCAUCGGAGUCAAAUGCUCUUGGAAAAUCUGGAGAAGGCUCAGUGCUGCUAAGAACUUCGGAACAGACUUUCCGGCCUGAGUUCAAUUUAAUGUAUGCUUUCUCCCCGUUAAAUGCUAUGCCACGGGCAGAUGGCUCAUUACGGGGAUCACCUCUUGUCGGAGAAAGGAAGCCUUCCCAGUCAGAUAUGUACUGUGGCUCUCCAGUGGAGGCCUUUUAUAACAGGGCAGGUCCUGGACCUUUAAAAGAAUCUGCACAAGGAUCCAUGUCUCCGUGCAGUGAAAGAGCUUGUGAGGGCAUCAGGUCUUCUCCUCAGAACCCACCACAGAGGAAAAAGGUAUCACUCUUAGAGUAUCGGAAGAGGAAGCAAGAAGCCAAGGAGGUGACGUCUUCCCCUGGUGGAGACAUAAUACGCUGCUGUGCUGGGACUCCAACUCGCCAAAGCAGCAACGGCUCCAUUUCUGACACAGACCUGUCUGCUGGGUUGCAGCUCCAGGCACCAACGUCCCCACAGAGUGGCUUCUCUUCUCCCUCCCAUCCGUCUAUGCCUCAGACCGAAGAGGUCAGCCCUACCGAGAUGAGGACAGUAAGCUCUGGUCAGAGUAAGGCUGUGGAGAACAUCAGUAGCCGCUGGAUGGUUCCAACAUCAGUGGAGCGGCUACGUGAGGGGCAGGGAAUCCUGGAACGUGUCUUGCGGAGUGGGGUAAAAGUGCAGCAGCGGGGAGAGCGAUCACCUUCCAGAGACAGUAGUCUGGACAGAGAAUCUGGUAACAAUAAAAAGGAUGGAGACUCAGAGGCGAUGAACAUGGCUGUUUCUAAAGGACCAGCCGUCUACAGCCCUUCCAGAUACAACUACCAGUUCCUGCAGUGUGACAGUCCUCAACAAGAGACGAUCAACCUCCUCUCUCAAAGCUCGUCACCGUUCCGCGGCCCAGCUGCUCAGCCCAGUGGUUACAGCUAUAGGACACUGCAGAGGACAGGACACGGUCACAACGAGUCGUCUGUCAUUUCCACUUCCUAUUCAAGUCCUUCCCAUAUUGCUUCCACAGACUCGCCCAGUACCCAAUGUUCAGGGAGCUCUGGGUAUUACAACAGCCAGCAGCUUUAUGGGAGCAAUGCUGGCACGUGCCAGCCAAGGAAAAGCUUCCAUCAUCGAGGCCCCAGUCGUGAGGCAAGUCCAGCCCAAUUGCUCAGGACAGACUCUAUACCCUCAGACUCACAAGCCAGCACUGGGGCUUCUGGCAACUCCACCCCUCAGGGGUCCAGAUCAGACUCUCGGACUAUAAACAUGUCAGGCUCCAGGAUUUCUACUGUGUCUAGCCCGCAGCAUUAUCCACAGCGCACCUCUAGUGUUCACCAGUAUAGACUGCAGCAGAUGCAAGGCUCAGGAGUUAAACGCCGCAGACUGGCCUUUCAUAGGACUGCUUGA